AUGGAUACUGAAUGGGAUCGCAAAUGUGCGCGUGUACUCCUUAGCUUGUCUAGAUCGAACUCUGAACUAGAAAAUCUCGGUUUGGAUGCAAACAGUGUUCGCAGUGCUAGUAAAGUGAUUGUGAAUGGAGUGCAAGAAUGUGAGUACGCAAAAUUAGCAGCAAAAGAGAUGGUCAAUUUGAGAAUUGAUUCUAAAGUGAAACACCUUGCCCAGGAAAUUGUCUCCAUGAAAGAUCUCCAUGCCAAAAAGAGAAAUACUUGGACUAGUGAACGUUUGAAGGAAUUGGAAGACAGGAUUGAAAAUGCAGAAAAAGCAAAGAAAAUGCUCCAUAAUCUCCAACUCAGCGAGACUAAAUAUUCACAGCAGAGACUUCAGCAGAUGCAGAAAAGAACAGCUACCAAACUUCUUGAAGAAGACACCUAGGAGCAGGGGCUAAUGAAAAAGUCGACGAAGCUUGUGAAGAGUUUAUUGCAAAAGCUAUCGAAUCAAAGGCAACGUAUCAUGGUCGGCGCAAAGAAACUGUAAUGUUUACCAACAGAAGGGUAAAGGUCCGCGAUUUGUUAAACAUUGCAAACUAUGACCUGGAAAAACGCGGUAAAGCACCGAUCUCAUCAGCGGUUACUGCUUGGAAUCGUUCGAGGCCACGAGAUAAAAGAAGCAUACAAAGCGCAAAGCACAAGGGACAUGCUUUAUUUUGUACUAAAAAACCACCAAAGACAGAAGACCAAAUGAACGAAAACACCCAUUACCAACGUGCGCAUGUUCGUAAUAUAAAGACUACUUUUUUUGGCUCAUCCACACCAGACAAUAUCCGCGAACUAAGUUUUAUGCGAUCAAUAGACGACAAAGCGCAUUUGAGGCCUGGAACCUCAGAGGGUUUCGCUAAAACUAGAAACUCACGGAUUCUAACCUUAUCUGCUGAAGAAAACGCUCGAAAACUCCCUAAAUAUGACUGGCCAGAAAGUAAAAUGUACAUAACGUCCUCCACCCAUCAAGUUUUUACGCAAAAACCAGUUGCUAUUGACAAGGGAGAAAAAUUGUGA